AUGACCUACAUGCAAGCGUAUAGAGCUAAGGAAAAGGCAUUAAACAUGUUGCGAGGUGGUCCAACUGAAUCUUACAAUAAGUUACCCAUCUACUUUAACAUUCUGGAAAAGGCAUAUCCAGGGUCAGUUGUUAGUUUGGAAAAAAUAGUGGAAGACCAUUUCUUGUAUGCAUUUGUAGCAUUGGAACCUUGUAUCAGGGGAUGGGAGUAUUGUAGGCCUAUAGUAGUUAUUGACGGCACCCAUCUAAAAUCAACUUAUGAAGGAACUAAGCUAAUAGCAAGCACACUGGAUCUAGGAGGUAUUAUACUGGCACUAGCAUAUGCUAUAGUUAAUUCUGAGAAUGAUGCAUCUUGGACAUGGUUCUUUGAGAGAUUUAGGAAUGUUUUUGGUGAAAGGGAGAAUAUGGGAAAUAGAGAACAGGUCAGGAAACUAUACGUUGCAUUAGUUAAGGCAUACACUCUUCAAGAAUUUAGUGAACUCAUGGGAAGACUGGACAUAAUAGAUAAGAAGUUGGGUGAAUACUUGUUCGAUAGUGGAUAUCAUAAAUGGUCUCGGAUACAUGCAACAGUGAAGAGGACAUGGACAUUGACUUCUAACAUUGCUGAAUCUAUAAACAGCAGUAUUGCCAAAGCUAGAGAAUUUCCAGUCUGUAAAUUAAUGGAUUACCUGAGACAAUUGAUUGAAACUUGGAAUGAAAAACACAGUGAAGAAGGGAGAAAUACAUUCACAGAUCUUACUAACGUGUACAAUGAAGCUUAUGAGGAUAACAAGGAAUUAUCACACUACAUGUAUGACUGUAAGUGUCUAAGGGCUUCCACUGAAUUCCUACAUAUAGUGACCGAUGGUAUGAAGAGAUUUAGUGUGUGCCUUCGAAGUAGGAUAUGUAGUUGUGGAAGGUUUCAACUUGAUGAGAUACCAUGUGGACAUGCUUUGGCUGCUAUAACUUAUAGGCACCAACAUGGAGAGGACUACUGCUCUGCCUACUACAACAACAAAAUUUCAAAGAUACAUAUGCCAUACCAGUGGAACCUCUUCCACGCCAGAGGAUAA